UGAAAAAAUGGACGCUAAUAGAUUCACUGUUAUAAAUUGUUGGUUAAUUCAACGGGAAAUUUUGAAUAAACCGAUCAUCCAUUGGGUGUUAAUUAUCGAUAUAUUAUUUUGUGGUCUGUACCUUGAAAUACAUCAAAUGGGUCACUAUUUUCGAUUUCCAUUUCCUUCAUCGAGGUUUGAAAUGAUUUUAUUUUUCUCAUUUAUAAUUGGACUAAUUCGAACAUUUCUCCAAAUUCUACUAAUCUUUCGACUUGACUGGUCACAAUUUUGGAGCUAUGUUCGUUACAUUGAUUUAAUCAAUAUUCCAGAGGAGAUAUCGAGGGAAAAGAAACUACAAAGAAAGAGGAGCAAUCGAGUUCUAAUACAGUUCACUCUGACAUUAGCUUUUCAUUUAUUAGGAGCUUCUUCUUAUAUGAUAUUGAAAAAGUUUAACAUUGGAAUGUUUCUACUCUUCACAUUUUUGAUAUUCGGUCAUUGCUGUUUACUGGUCAUUCUAAAUGAUUCUACUGCUUGUCUAUCAUUUACAUUUCAAACAAUAAAUUCGUCAAUCGAAAGGUUCAACUUUAUUGACGAUGAACGGAUUCAACUUGAUCGCUUGAAAACUUAUCAGAAAAACUAUUUCUAUGCGGUUCAGUCAACAUUGUCAGCUGAAUGUUUCUUCAAAGAUUUGGUUACUUUUCAUUAUUCACGAAAUUCAUUGGAUAUUAUUAUGUUAUUUUUUUCGAUUGCCUUUCGAGUGGAAGAUUCGGUUCAUCUAAUCAUUCAUGUUAUCUGGUCAUUCAUAAUUUUGAUAAACAUACUUGCGAUCACUUUUCUCACCACAAACUUGAACAGUGUCCAUGUAAACUCAGAAGGAGCGCUUGAAGAUUUGUAUGAGCUUUCAUUUGAAACUGAUUCCGUUCCAAUGAUAGAUCAGAUAAAAAGUUUUCUUAAUCGAAUAACAAAAGCUAAUGUUGGUUUUACUUUCGCUGAUCUCGUGUUAAUCUCACCCAAUUUCAUCACGUCACUUUUAACACUUUCAUUCACUAUUCUACUUGGAUUAAUCAAUUUUGUCAACCAUUGAAGCAUUUAAUCAAAAUUAACACAAAUAUCAUAUGGAUUAG